UGCAAGGAAUGUUUAGUCAUUAUGAAUUAAAUGUUUUUGAUUAGAAUUUGGGAAGAUGAUUCUGGUGAACUUCAGAUGGAACUAGUAGCAGAAAAACCUCUGAAACAAGAAUACCUGAAAUCUGGUGACUGUUACUUAUUAGAUGGUGGAGUUAAUGGUCUAUUUGUUUGGAUUGGAAAAAAUUCCAGCAAAAGAGAGAGAGUAGAAGCUAUGAACAUGGCUAAUAAAUAUAUAGAAAAGCAUAAUUAUCCAAAAUGGUUGACAGUGAAACGAGUAAUUGAUGAAGGCGAGCCACCAAUUUUUAAGUCUUAUUUCUCCUUGUGGACUGAGCCUGAUGAUCAGCUGGGCCUUGGGCGACCAUAUACAUUUGAAGAAAUAGCAGCUUCUCUACCAGAUGAAGAUUUAUCAGGUGGAAUAGGUGCUUUACACCAUAAGAAACGUGUGCUGUUUUCGAAGAGUGUAGGAAAAGCAGUCAGCUUCAUGCCUGAUGAUGGCUCUGGAAAUGUUGAAAUAUGGAGAGUUGAAAAUUUUGAUAUUGUUCCUGUUGAUCAUGCUCAAUAUGGAAUAUUUUUUGGAGGUGACAGCUAUAUUGUAAAGUAUACGUAUCAGAAGAAUGGAGAGCAAUGCAUACUUUACUUUUGGCAGGGAAAAACUAGCAGUCAAGAUGAGAAAGCUACUGCUGCUAUCAUGACAGUGAAAAUGGAUAAUGAUCUUGGUGGUAAGGCUAUUCAGGUAAUCAAUGUCAUUAAUAAAUUUUACUUAUUAAAUUCUGCUAAUUUCUUAUCAUAUUUUAUGCAUAUUGCAUUUCUUAAAGCAUUUCUUCAUUGA